GCUUAUGCAACAAUUUCUACAAAAAUACUUUUUAGAAUUCAUGCUUGAUAAUUCCUUUUGGUCUCUUGCUCAAAAUGAACCAGGUUUAAAUUUUCAAGCUAAUUUAAUGAAUGAUUCAUGAGAAAAUUUACCAAAUGCCAGGUAAAACACUCUCAACGGAUGAAUGAUCCUCCCCUCAGACCUUGGGUAGCAAUAGCGAAAGAUGGUCAGAUCCUGUGCUGCCACUGUACCUGCAUGGCUGGAUUGGGUGAAACAUGUUCACAUUCAGCAGCAUCCCUGUUCGCCCUGGAGACAUUAAUACGUAUGAAGACGGCCACUUCAUGCACAUCACUACCUUGUCAGUGGCUGAAACCAUCAGCAUCGCACAUAGAAUAUGCUGAAGGAUGCAAUAUCGAUUUUGCCCGUCCAGCCCAGAAACGAAAGUCAGAAGUUUCAACUCCUGAGGAAAGUGCUGCGAGAAAACUGCUGAAUGUUCCUCCACCAACUGAAGAGCAGAAAGCUGCCUUUUACAAGGCUUUGUCUGAAUGCGGUGGAAGACCAGCAAUUUUGAGCAUUGUCCCUGACUAUGCUGACAACUUUGUGCCAAGGGCAGUGAAGCGAAAGCUUCCUGUACCUCUCUCACAGCUGUACGAUUCUGGCAAUAUGAAACUCAGCCCAGAUGAACUUGCACUAAAAUGCCGGUCAGAGCUGGAAAAGUUACAUUCCAUUACCAGAGAGCAGAUAUCUGCGGUUGAAGAAGAGUCCAGGGGCCAAGCAACAUCACAUCUUCACCAGCGGAUCUUCAAUGAACAUUUGAGUUUUCGUUUGUGA